UUUUCAAGUACCGCUUCCGGCUAUGACUAAUAAAGAAUUGGACAAAUUCCACAGAGACGUUAGUUUAUUUUACAUUUUAAAACCGUCGGUAAAACCCAGCACAAAUUAAAGGGGAUAUCGAUUAGAAAGCUGAGUCACCCGCCCUUGCAUUUUAACCAUAGCAAUAUCGAUUCAAAAUUGCGAAAGUUUGUCGGAAGUUUUGGGGAACCGUAUCGUAUUCUGGCAUUCUUGGUAUAGGUAACAGUAAAAGUUGGGACAUUGGCUUCGUCCUUGUUGUUCCCCCCCUCUCCCCAUUGUUAAAGUUGCCCUGCGGCAGUACGCAUUCCAAAAUCAGUCGCCAUCUUAAGCUUUCAAAGGCCAUUCGGGUACAUACAUACAUUCUACGCUUAUUCGUGUUCCUCCCAUCUUUGUUAUCAGCCUUGUUGUGAGGAAAAAUGUAUCAUUUUUAAGGAAAUUCAUACUCUUAAAUUGUGUGGCUUUUCCAAUCUACCUUUUCAAUUCAACUUAAUUAAUCGACUGAGUGUGCUCCUCUAACAAAAUGAGCUCAACUGAAAUAGGCACAUUUCGUCAAAACUCACUAUCUUCACACCAGUUUUGUCAUCAAUCAAACAACAACGUGAUUGAUGCUCCAAUUCACCCUAGUUUGCAGAAAAGUGUCCCAUCCAGCAACAGCGCUUCUCAAAGAGCUUUAAGAAGUGAAGCCCUGCGAUUAGCAACUUUCCAGGGAUGGCCCCUCGAAUACCUUUCUCCUAGAGAUCUUUCACGUGCUGGCUUUUUUUAUCGAGGCCUGGCAGAUCAAACCCAAUGUGCAUUUUGCUGCAUUACCAUCAGCCAAUGGGAAGCUCACGAUGAUCCCAUGGCUGAGCAUAGAAGACAUGCUCCAAAUUGCCCUUUUGUUCUUCAAUUAUCAGUUGGCAAUAUCCCUCUCUCCAGUAAUAGAAGUGUCCCCACUGUCCAACCCGUCGCCUCAUCCUCACGUCCAUGUGCAUUCCCCUCAUUGGGCGGUGGUGGUGGCGCAGAUACAUGCUCCCGAUUUCAAAACGAAUCUCGUCCCAAUGCAUUACCCGAAAGAGUUCCAGUGGCAUUAACGAUCCGUCAAGCAAACGGCGGUGAAGGGCCAUCAACUUCGGGUGACUUGUCAUCAUUGAGUCUUUUGCCACAUCAACAAGCUCGUCAUCCUGAAUUGACAUCGUUAGAAGCUAGAUUGAAAACGUUUGAUGAUUGGCCGCCUGGUUUAGAACAACGCCCACCGCAGCUAGCUGAAGCAGGAUUCUACUACAUGAAAACUGGCGAUCACGUCAAAUGUUUCUGCUGCGACGGAGCUCUGCGCAAUUGGGAGCCCAAGGACGACCCGUGGGUAGAACACGCCCGUUGGUUCUCGCGUUGCAACUUUCUAGUAUCCGUGAAAGGAAAUGACUACAUCAGAGAAAUUCAAGCUCGAUACAAGCAAAAUAUUCCUGGAUCGAGCGCGGCUUCAGAAGAUUUAGUCGAAGUUAAAGAAGUUAAAAAAGAAGAAGAUGGUAAAAAUGUAUGUAGUGCUGCUGUGCAAUCGUCGGAAGAAGCUACUGGCGGUGAUGCGCCAUCCACUUCUGCUUCGUCCAAACUACGUGACGCCCUUCUUUGUCAGAUCUGUUAUGACCAGCAGCUCAGUAUGGUCUUUCUACCCUGCGGGCAUUCCAUGAGUUGCCCGUCCUGCGCUACUGCUCUCACCACUUGUCCCCUCUGUCGUAAACGCAUCGAAGCGACGGUCCGCGCCUUCUUUCCCUUUUCUUAAAAAAACAAACAUACGGUAAUUAAAUAUUGGAUCAGAGAAGAAACACACGCCCCUAGUUAUGGCGGUGUACCGGAACUUGAAAACGCUUUUGUUUGUAUGUGGAAGAGAGAUAGCCUUUAUAUGCAUUUGAUUUAAAAAAAAAGUUGGCUUAAAAUAAUUAGCUACAAAAUAUCCAGAUAAUAAAUGUAAUUACAAGAACUCUCUCGGUUCAGAGGCACAUUUUUGACAAGUGGUUCCCAAAAUUUUGGGUAUCGCGAAUUUUACAUAUUCAAGACAUUUCGAAUGAACGGGUCCGUGGUCUUUGUUAUUUCUUUUCGCAAUUCUUGCAUUUCUUCACAAUUCACAUCUUUCUUUUGCUCCAUUAUUUUUUUGGCACGUUCCAAAUACGUCCGCAUCAAUGUAUCACCUUCCUGUGAAUAUACCAUUACAUGUAAACGAUAA